AUGGAGGGAUCACUUCAAAUUUCAAACGCCACUAAGACCUCACCAACGGAUCGAGGUCAGGCAACAGAAUUGAUGUCACUCCAAAGAACAAACUUCCGAGCUUUUCAUCGACAAAUAAAUCGCUUGAAAGUAGAUGAAAUCCAAGACAAAUGGGAGCUGGAAGACGAGUUACGCAACAUACAAACGCGCUGGAACGCAAUAGACGCUUUGCACUUGCAAAUAGAUAAUAUCCUACAAGGAUCGGAUACCCAGUACGAUAGUGAGUUUUACGCCUACGAAGAUUCGUACAAGUCAAUCAAAAAGGCGUUGAAUCUUAAACUCACAUCGACCAUUCAUCACGAAAAAUCGACACCACAGAUCGACUUGCCUACGUUUACAGGCAAAUAUACGCAAUGGCCUACGUUUUAUGACUUAUACGUAGAAAGCAUUCACAAUAACAAUUUGAUUACAAAAAAUCAGAAGAUGCAACACCUAAAGAGCAAAUUACGAGGAGAUGCUGAACGAAUCAUCCAACAUCUAACUAUCUCAGCGGACAACUACGACACAGCGUGGGAAUUGUUGACACACAGAUAUAACAAUCCACAAUUGUUAUUUACUAAACAAAUCGAAAUCUUUAUCAAUCUGCCAGCCGCUCAAAAACAAUCAGCCUACGAGAUUAGACGUAUUUACGACACGUCAAUGGAAUGUAUCUACGCUAUUAAAAACUUGGGUAUCGAUACAAGUACCUGGGACCCAUUAUUAGUUCAUAUUAUUACAAAAAAGCUGGAUACAGUCACCUAUAACGACUACAAGGAAGCCCGGAAAAUGCCACGAGAAUUACCUUCACUCUCGGAGCUAAUGGACUUCUUAGAGAGCAAAUUCAUCGCUUUAGAACCAAGCGGCAUAAGAGAUAGAGAAAUGUCGUCAUCAUUCAAAAAAUAUAAUCAACAAAAAUCAGUUAAUAACAAGACUUACAAGCCUCAAUUCCAAAAAGAACAUCGGUAUGGAAAAUUAAUAAAUAAAGAAUAUCAAAGCGUUGCGACAUACAUGUCAAAUUGCCCGAUUUGUGACAAGAAACAUCCCUUAUACAAAUGCGAGAAAUUUAUCAAAUUAACACCGGGCGAACGUUAUCAAAUUAUCAAAGAUUUUAACUUUUGUCAUAAUUGUUUGUACGCACAUAACAAGAAUUUAUGUACGUCGAUGAAAAAAUGCAAACUAUGUAAAAAGAGUCAUAACACAAUGUUACAUGACGCCUAUACUAUAAACAUUAAUAAGCAGUCUACAAACUCGCUGACUGACAUGUCUAGUGGGUCAUCAACCCAACUGAAUACUCAAACUCCGCAAAAAUAUCAAAUGUCCUCCUGUGUCCUGAAUAGACAGGAUAGUACUAAGACUACUAAGAAAUAUGUGAAAAGUAAUAAGAAAUAUGAAAAGAACAAAACCAAAUUUUCUGUAAACGAGGCCCUUCUACGAGCCUUAUUAAAAAAUCAAACAAGUGUCAUAGAAGCGCAAUAUAACAUUCUUCAGAGGAAUGAAGAAAUAUUAAACAAGCAAUUUGGAAUACUACUGAAAUUUCUAACGAAUCUUUCUUUUGCUAGUAAUCGAACUGAGAAGAUAGCUAACAAUGAAUUACACAUUUUGUCAUCCUCAGUCUCAGCUAUGAUUAUAUCAAACCUACGACACUUGCAAGAAAGCGUUAUAAACACUUUAACAAGCCUCGCAAACUGUCAUUUAGACGAUCAUUUUUCUGCCUGA